ACGAAACAUCAAUGAAAGUUUCACCGACAAUAAGUUUCCGUCGGGAUGUAUGCAUGAUGUCUUAUUUUGGAAACACACCACAAGUAAAAAAGCACGUGUUUGUCUGUGCGCGUGAGUGUUAAGUGUCGCGCGUGAUUUGUGUGGAUUUGUGACAGAUACUGAGGCUGAGAAAUGUUGUCUCCCUCUACAUUAGUUCUGUUUGAAUUGUUGGUGUUGUCAUUUCUACGUGUCGUAACUUUGGCUACACCUCACUAUACAUUCCGGGACCCUAGACAAGAGGAAUUUGCUCAAGGACUAGAAAGAUAUGACUUUGCAGUUCCAUCCAGGGUGACCGCAGAUGGCAUCCACAUAGAUCAUUCCUUACAUCCUAAUAUACGGCGGAGGAAGAGGAGUACCGAAGAGUACCCUCAGUCGGACAAGACACCUGACCACACAGUGCAUUAUAAAGUGGAUAUAGAGAAUAAACCUAUUUAUUUAAAAGUUAAACCAAAUUAUAAAUUAUACUUUCCGUCCCUAAUUGUUGAAAAGCGUAAAAAUUUGUUCGGAAAUGUGACAGAUUCCGUAUUCACCGGUGUAGAACCAGAUGAAGAACAUUGUCAUUUCACUGGGGAGGUUCUUGGAGAAACGUCAUCAACAGUGGCACUGGAAGUUUGUAACGGUCUGACAGGGCUACUGCGAAUUGGUACUGGAACCUACUUUAUAGAACCAGUGCGAGGACAUCCCGCCUCUGACACAGGUCAUCCCCAUAUUGUGUACCAACACACAUCUCUUCCAUCCAAGAUUGGCCUUCACAACCUACAUAACCCUGUAACACCAGAUCAGAACUCUCCGUGUGAUGCUGGGGGUGAGGAUGGACCAUCAGAAGAGGAUAAAGAACACUACGAUCGUGCUGCAGAAAAACAUCGCCAUGCUCACAGUCGUAAGAAACGGUCAAUUUCUAUCGAGCGUCACAUUGAGGCAAUGGUGGUGGUGGAUCCAGCUAUGGUGGAAUAUUAUAAAAAUGAAGAUGUGAAGACUUACGUCCUCACCAUCAUGAACAUGGUGGCGACUCUAUUCCAUGAAGCUUCUAUUGGGAACGCCCUCAACCUUGUGAUGGUUCGACUGGUGCUGCUUGAGGAUCCACAGGAGGAUUUGAAGCUGACUCAUCAUGCAGAUAAAUCCCUGAGAAGUUUUUGUAAGUGGCAGAAAAAAAUGAAUUUUAAAGAUGACGACCAUCCUAACCACCAUGAUGUAGCCAUACUUCUUACCAGAAUCAACAUCUGUUCACGUAUGAAUGAGCCGUGCAGCACAUUGGGGCUUGCUCAGGUUCCCGGGAUCUGUCUACCUCACAAAUCCUGUAAUAUCAAUGAGGACACAGGGCUUCCCCUAGCCUACACCGUGGCACAUGAGCUCGGACACAAUUUUGGGAUGACCCACGACAGUGUUCGUAAUGGCUGCGAAAUGAAGGAUGGCGAGGAGUAUCUUUAUGUGAUGGCAGCCCAACUGUUAGCCGUCAAUGUUCCGAUGAAGUGGUCAGAAUGCAGCAGGACUGCAAUAACAAAGUUUAUAGAUCGUGGUUGGGCCUAUUGUUUAGAUGAUGAGCCAGCAGAGUUUCACCAUAAGGAAUUUCAGUACCCGAUUAUCCCCCCUGGGACCAUGUAUGAUGGCGACCACCAGUGUCGUCUAGUGUAUGGUCCUGAUGCCAUUUUGUGUGAGGAUGUGGAGGAGGAGAUGUGUAGCACUCUGUGGUGUCGAUACAGGAACAAGUGUACAACCAAACUAGAGGCUGCAGCAGAGGGGACAAUAUGUGGGCAAAAUAAGUGGUGUUUUAAUGGUGACUGUGUGGAGAUUGGUGAGCGUCCUCUGGCCAUCAACGGUAACUGGGGAGAGUGGAGUGGCUGGUCCGAUUGCAGUCGUACCUGUGGUGCUGGGGUCUCUACAGUGGAGAGACACUGUGAAAACCCACCGCCUUCAAAUGGUGGAAAGUAUUGUAUCGGGGAGAGAAAGAGAUACAGAAUUUGCAAUACUGAUCCGUGUCCAGAAAAUACCCCUAACUUUAUAACAGUGCAGUGCCGUGACUUCAAUUACAUUCCUUACAGAAACAAACUUUAUGAAUGGGAGCCAGUAGAAAUGGACGCCAAUGAUUCACCUUGCCAGUUACAUUGUAAACCCAAGAACAGAUUCUUCUCUGUGCUUCUGUCAGACAUGGUAGCUGAUGGGACACCUUGCUCACCAGGCAAACGCAACAUGUGCAUAAGUGGCCGAUGUCGGCAUGUUGGCUGUGACUGGCAACUUGACUCGGCUGCCAGGGAGGACCGGUGUGGAGUCUGCCACGGUGAUGGCUCAACGUGCGAGACAGUCAAAGACCAAUAUAACGAAACUCAGGGAUUAGGGUACGUAGAAGCAACUGUUAUUCCACGUGAAGCAAGGAAUAUCAGAAUAGAAGAAGUGGCUGGAGCCAAUAACUACCUGGCCAUGAGGGACAACAAGGGUAACUACCUCCUCAAUGGUCACUGGUUUAUCCAGUGGAGUGGGGACUACCAGAUGGCUGGUACUGUUGUCCACUAUGAAAGAGAAGGGAACAAGGAGAAAGUAGAGGCUAUCGGACCACUUAAAGAACCCAUACAUGUUAUGCUACUACUGCAGUCUCGUAACCCAGGUGUGAUAUUUGAGUACACGGUUCCUCGAGAGAAUAUCACCGAGACAAGAGAGUCUGAGUUUCGGUGGAAGUACUUAGACUGGACACACUGUACAGCCUCAUGUGGGGGAGGAAGCCAGAGGUCACAGGUUGUGUGUGAGGAACUGGAGGCGGGACUUGUAGAGGACCAGUACUGUAACAGUUCUAAUAAACCUGAUGACAAACAACGGGCAUGUAACCUUCACCUGUGUCCAGCAAAAUGGUGGGCUGGUGCCUGGCAACAUUGUUCUCUCACCUGUGGUAAAAAUGGAGUGCAUCGCCGCACAGUGAUCUGUGUUAGGAACCUAGGACUGGAUGAACAGAUUGCACUGGAGGACAAGAAUUGUAUGGACCAAGAAAAGCCAACAGAGAUAGAGCCAUGUCAUCACAAGGAUCCUUGUCCAGGCACAUCUAAUUGGGUUGUCGGAAGCUGGUCACAGUGCCAUGGUAACCCAUGUGAGAAGCAACACCGACCUGUGCUUUGUGAGAACCCAGAGGUCGGCUGUGAUGAAUCAAUAAAACCAAAUCUGGAACAGUCUUGUACCAAUGUAACUUGUGGUAUCUGGAGAGCAGAGUCCUGGUCUGAGUGUACUCGUACCUGUGGAGGAGGGAUGAAAUCUAGACAGGUCCAAUGUAUUGGGGGAUCUGUCUGUAACAUAGAUGAGGAACCAUCCAGAAACAUGCUCUGUAACAACAGAGCUUGUCCAAUCACAACCACUGUUACAACCACUUCGACAACCACUUCGACAACCACUACAACAACCACACCUGUACCAACUACCACUACAACUACCAGUACCACACCUGCGCCAACGACCACCACAGCUUCUACUACCACUAUUCCAACCACAACUGCUGCCCCAGAAACAUCUGCCCCAACCACAAGCUCUGCUAGAGUGCCAACAACUCCCAGAGAUCUAUCACUUGGAGUAAAGAAUGAAGAAUCACCUAGCAUUGUAUUAUCUGAUUCCAAGGGAGAAAACUCUCUAGUCAUACCCAAGGAUGGAAGUGAAUCUGUGGUUCCUUCCCGCCAGGUGGGAGGAGUUCCUUCUCUUAUUGAGAGUGAGACUGUCAAAACAGGAAGUGAUGUGAAUGUACAGAUAGACAGUUCCUCUAACUUUGAUAGUGACAAUGGAGGAGAGGUCAGGGUAGAAGACAAAGAGGACAACCAAGAGGAAGUUGGAGACUUGUACAAUGUGAUGGAAGGAGGAAUAGAGGGAGAGGAGGAGGAUUUUAAUGACGGUGAAGAUGGUUAUGAAAGUCAACCUGAUCUUGAAACAUCAGAGGAUCAGCCAAUAAAAGUGUCUAAAACAAAAAAUCCUGGGAGAGAAACUGAACCUAUCAAUGAAUCUGUACCUCAGGAAAGGUUAGAGUCUGAGCCAAUCAAUAAACAUUUAACACAAGGUAGGUCAAAUCCUGAAAAUGAUGGUGACUCUGGGACUGAAAGACAGGAAAUACCACAGCCAAAAGAAAACACACCAACACAGGAACGUCGUCUACCACCAUCAUUGUCUGACAGAGGAACAAUACCAGAUCAAGAAAGAAUUAAAGGAUUGCCAGACAAAGAUUUGGAGGAAAUAUCUAGUGAACCAAUACCGAGAGGUAACAGACCUAGGUCAAACUCCGGGGACAAGAGGAUGAUGCCUCGACUACCAAUCAGAGGAUCAGGUCAUGGCAGGAUUGUUGGGGAGAACAUUGGAGUGCGCCCACUACCCAAAACACCAAUGAUAAAGCCUGGCCUUAUACCAAAGGUCAAUAGUCUGGGCUACGAGUGGAGAUCAGCCAACUGGACAGAGUGUUCAAGAAUGUGCGGUGCCGGAAUACAGACCAGAACCAUUUACUGUGUAGAUAAAGCCAGUGGGGAAACUGUGGCUAAAAGUCAGUGUGAGAUCAGACACAAACCUAAUGCCAUUGAUCGCUGUAAUGUCCACGCCUGCUCUGAAUGGGAGGGUGGAGACUGGAGUGCUUGUUCUGCUACCUGUGGUGUGUCAACAAAGAUGAGGUUGGUGACCUGUCCAAGGAGUCAAGUGUGUGACCCUGAACUGAAACCAGCAGAAACCAUGCCAUGUGACCUCCCUGCUUGUCUUGCUUGGGUCCAUGGUCAGUGGAGCAGGUGUUCCAAGUCAUGUGGCGGUGGGGAACAGGUUCGUCUUGUCCAGUGUAUCAACAUCACAUCACAACAGAGAGGUGCUGGUUGCCCCACCCACACCAAACCAGGCGAGAGACAGCAGUGUAACAAAGCCUCUUGUCCAGAUAAUAAUCAUGCUUUAAACCGACACCGUUGUACAAGAGACAAGAUGAGUAACCAGAUUUGUCGUGCCCUGCGGAGAAUGAACCAGUGCUCCAAACUGUAUGUACGAGUGAAAUGUUGUCUCACCUGUAAUGUACGACAGUGGCGACAACGUCCUUACCACCGACGCACUGCGAGGUAAAACCAUGCAACGCUGUCUUCUUUGGGUCUCUUUCUACAUGGCAGAUGGCCUUGGAGAUACAAAAUGUGUUGAACUUGGAUGGGAAUGGUGAACCAUUUUCCUGAACUUGACUUCAAGCAAGUGCAAUUUUGUCUCAAAAAUUCAAGAUGGCUUUGAGAAUUCCUCCUGAAAGACGUUACAGAUGGAUAACCCAAAGUAACCAUUAUUUCUCUUAGGUAUGGAUACUCAUUUCAUAUCAAAGCAGUGAUUGACAGUCUGAUCAUGUGAUGAUGCAGGGGAGAUAAAUUCUCAAAUUAUGGUGUAAUCAGUGUUUUUUGACCCGAGAUGUUAUGUCAUGGGAUCUGAGAUGUAGUUUGACAUGUAACCGCAAAAAGUGUGUCAUGUGACCAGUGAUGCUGUGUGACAUGUGAGCACAGUUGGUGAAAUUUAUGACCUCAUUGUGACAUGUGAUCAGAGAAUAUGUCUUGUAAUUGUAUAUGGAGUAAGUCAAUUGAGCCUUGCCCACAGACAUUGUCAUUGUAAAGUGAGGAGAUUUGACACACAGACUAUGUAUGUGUUCAUGAAUAUUACCCCUUCAACUCAUUGUACAAGACUUCACCUCAGUGUUUCGGAGUACAAGACUUCAACUCAGUGUCUCUGAGUACAAGAUUUCAACUCAGUGUCUCCGAGUACAAGACUUCAACUCAGUGUCUCCGAGUACAAGACUUAAACACGGUGUCUCACAGUAUAUGUACAAGACCUCAACUUUAGUCUCUCUGAGUAAAAGAUUGAAACCAUUUCUCUUCAAUCACCAGACUUGAAACCAAAGUGUUUUUGAGUGCAUUACAAGACUUACAGCAGAGGGUCUCAAUUUCUGAGUACAAGAAAUCUCUGUUCAACAAGUGAUGAACUUACUUGGCUGCUACAUCACCCCAAAUGUAAUGUUUAUUGACAUGCUCCAGAAGUCCCUUACAGGCAAAGGUGUUACCAUUGCUUCUGUAAGUAGGCUGGUAGACUACUGAAAACUGGGGGAAAAAACAUUUGAAAGUCAACCCAUUUAGUGCAGAGGUGUACAAUAUUCACUGAUGGACUUGAAAUUUUGGAGGUUAUUUACAGCAAUGGUGGCUUAUUGGCUACUGAUUUAUAUCCAACAUGUAUAAGGUGCUGUGGAGAACUUAUGAUAAGUUAGAACUAUUUAGAAAUAAGUCUUAUCAAUGUUUACUCAAUAUUGGCUGGAUCAGAGGCAGUAUAUAGUGCCUAUAAGUCACCUGUUGAUACUUUCUCACUUUAUUUUAUAUGUUAUAACAGAUUAAGGAUAUAAUUUAUGAACUACACAGUGAUCUCUGUACAUAUUAGGAUGUCAAAUAAUUGUUUUAUUGCUAGAUUUUUAUAUGUGUAUACAACCUUUUAGCUGUAUUAUUAAUGUAGGCUAGCUUUAAUAUAGGUAUAUCACCAGUGGUUAAAAUCACCUGGUCUAAUUUACAUUUUUAUCAUUACAAUGUGACAAUCUGUGAAAUUUGAUUAUUCAUUGAUUAUGGAGAAAAUAAAUUUUCUUCACUCAGUAACUUGAUGACUUUUUCCUGUUUUUAAAUUAAUUUCUUAUGUAUGUGUAAUAUUCGAUGAGUUCUAAAGUUUGUCAUGUGUAUUACUGUAAGUCUUUGGAGUCUGUGGUCAGUAUUUUCUCUCAUUGUUUUCCAUAUUUAUGCUGUAUAAUCAUAUUUAUCUGGUCCUUCCAUAUAAUCACUGUUACGUAGAAUGACCAAGAUUGUCUUGUAAUAUAGCUCAAUAGCAAUACUUUGAAGUGAAAAGUGUGAAAAAUCAUUUUCACAAUAUUCAUAUUGGCAAUAUAGUUUUUUAUAUAUCAAGUAUACAGUGAGUAAAUUAAAUGAUAAAAAGACCAAAUUUAAUUUGUAUCAAUGACUAAGAACAAUAACUCCAGAAAAUGAUGAUUUAAUUUAUGUAGUGUUACCUGUUAUAACCAGGUAUACCUUACAUAUACAGUUAACCUGCUUAGAAGUACCAGGUACAUUUUCUUUAUGUGGUCUUUCAGUGUCUUAAAUAAUACUUGCAUGUAUCAAUGGAUGUUUGUUUAGUUCCUGUCCAGAAACUGUUGGUGCUCAUGGAUAGAACCUCCUGAAAGCAUUUAAUUCAUUUACCAAUAUGGAAUCUUUAAAAAAAUUCUUUUGUUAAGGAAAAGACAAAUUUUGAAUGAUAUACCUGUCAAGAGUGACUGAUUACAUAUAUAUGCAUGAUUAUUUUUAUAGUUUCUACCUGUCUUCAGAAUAACCUUUUACAUGUAUGUUUACUUAUCUAGAAGCAGCACUUUUUUGUUUUCCUGUCUAGAUGGACCAUUUGUCUGUAUUGAAAAACACAAGAGCUUCCUGCUUACAGUGCCAAUCAAUUAUUCAAUGGUUAAAAUGUGAACACAGUCAUGUGCAUGUCCUGUUGACAGAACCUGAUCUUUUUGUACAAUGUAUAAUGGAAUGUGUUGACAUUCCUAUUUUGGAUGAGACGUUGACAUUUCUGCUGUGGACAGAAUAUUGACGUCCUUUUUGGGUACAGAAUGUCGAUGUUACUACUGUGGACAGGAUGUUAAUGUUCCUGUUGUAGACAGGAUGUAGAUGUUGCUGUUGUGUACAGGAUGUAGAUGUUCCUGUUGUAGACAGGAUGUUGAUGUUCCUGUUGUGUACAGGAUGUUGAUGUUCCUGUUGUAGACAGGAUGUUGAUGUUCCUGUUGUGUACAGGAUGUUAAUGUUCCUGUUGUAGACAGGAUGUUGAUGUUCCUGUUGUAGACAGGAUGUUGAUGUUCCUGUUGUGUACAGGAUGUUGAUGUUCCUGUUGUGUACAGGAUGUUGAUGUUCCUGUUGUAGACAGGAUGUUGCUGUUCCUGUUGUAGACAGGAUGUUGCUGUUCCUGUUGUAGACAGGAUGUUGAUGUCCCUGUUGUAGACAGGAUGUAGAUGUUCCUGUUGUAGACAGGAUGUUGCUGUUCCUGUUGUAGACAGGAUGUUGAUGUUCCUGUUGUAGACAGGAUGUAGAUAUUCCUGUUGUAGACAGGAUGUUGAUGUUCCUGUUGUAGACCGGAUGUUGCUGUUCCAGCUGCAGACAGGAUGUAGAUGUUCCUGUUGCAGACAGAAUGUAGAUGUUCCUGUUGUAGACAGGAUGUUGAUGUUCCAGCUGCAGACAGGAUGUUGAUGUUCCAGCUGCAGACAGGAUGUAAAUGUUCCUGUUGUAGACAGGAUGUUGAUGUUCAAGCUGCAGACAGGAUGUUGAUGUUCCUGUUGUAGACAGGAUGUAGAUGUUCCUGUUGUAGACAGGAUGUUGAUGUUCAAGCUGCAGACAGGAUGUUGAUGUUCCAGCUGCAGACAGGAUGUAGAUGUUCCUGUUGUAGACAGGAUGUUGAUGUUCCUGUUGUAGACAGGAUGUUGAUGUUCCAGCUGCGGACAGGAUGCUGACAUUACUGUUGUAGACAGAAUGUAGAUGUUCCUGUUGUAGACAGGAUGUUGACAGGAUGUUGCUGUUUCUGUUGUAGACAGGAUGUUGCUGUUUCUGUUGUAGACAGGAUGUUGAUGUUCCUGUUGUAGACAGGAUGUAGAUGUUCCUGUUGUAGACAGGAUGUAGAUGUUCCUGUUGUAGACAGGAUGUUGAUGUUCCAGCUGCAGACAGGAUGUAGAUGUUCCUGUUGUAGACAGGAUGUAGAUGUUCCUGUUGUAGACAGGAUGCUGACAUUACUGUUGUAGACAGGAUGUUGCUGUUUCUGUUGUAGACAGGAUGUUGAUGUUCCAGCUGCGGACAGGAUGCUGACAUUACUGUUGUGGACAGGAUGCUGAUUAUUCCUCACUUCAGUUACAAUUGAUCAUAAAAAACCAAUAUGUGCACACAUUUUACACAAUUAACAUAAUUAAUUCCUAGCUGUCGUUAUGUAUACACAUGCCAUGCCCAUAUGUAGCAUUCUAUGUAUGUGUUGGAAAAGGUAGCAUUCUGUUUCUGUGAUCAGAUUAUAUAAAGUAGAGCCUACAGUCUCUGUGCCUGAUGGUAUAGUAUAAAGAUUCAGUGUCUGUGGUAUAGCCUUCCUUACCAACAACAUUACACAGUUCUAUACGUAUAUAUAAUACUUACCAAACUUGAAUAUUGAUAAGUGGUCUAUAUAGGUUUAGAUUAAGUGACAAUUGACCAGUACUGUGUGUGGUCAGUGUACUUGGACUGCUACAGGUCAGAGUGACUGAAUCGUUAUUUCCAACAUGUCUGAAAAUAUUGUGAUAAGAGAUCCAAGUUUCUGAUGUCUGGAAAAGUAUGAGGUUAGAACUGUAUUUCCAAUGUUUUGAAAUAGUGUGAUAUUAGAUCCAAAUUUCCGAUGUCUGGAAAAGUGUGAUAUUAGAUCCAAAUUUCCGAUGUCUGGAAAAGUGUGAUAUUAGAUCCAAAUUUCUGAUGUCUGGAAAAGUGUGAUAUUAGAUCUGUAUUUCGGAUGUUUGGAAAUAUUGUGAUGUUAGAUCCAUAUUUCUGAUGUUAAGAAGUACUGUAAUGCUAGAUAUGUAUUUCUGAUGUUUGGAAAUAGUGCGAUGUUAAAUCCAUAUUUUUCCAAUAUCUAGAAAUAAUGAGAUAUUACAGAUCUGUAUUUCCCAUAUGUGUGGAAAUAGUGUGAUAUGCUAAAGGCUUAAUGUUGCUGUAUGUUUAAGCAUUGUUUCUACAUCUUUGUCAAUGUGUCAGAAAUGUUGUCCAAAGAAAAAUUACCGUCAAUAAACUUUAUAACAUGCUCAAAGAAA